CAGGCUGGACCGCGGGCCCCGGCCUGGGGGCCACAGCUGCCGCCGCCGCCGCCACCUCGUCUCCUCCCCGCCCCCGCCCCGCCCCGCCCGGCGUCUCCUCGCCGCCCUCGGGCCCGCGGCCGGGGUCCGUCCCCGCCGCCGCCCCCCGCGCGGAUGCCGAAGGUGAAGGCGCUGCAGUGCGCGCUGGCGCUGGAGAUCCGCUCUGUAACUUGUCCAGGAGUGGUGCUGAAAGACAAGGAGGACAUCUAUCUUAGCAUCUGUGUGUUUGGCCAAUACAAAAAGACACAAUGUGUCCCAGCCAAUUUUCCACUGGUCUUCAAUGCCAGAAUGGUGUUUGAAAAGGUGUUCCCUGAAGCAGUAGACCCUGGAGAUGUGGUUGCACAGCUUGAAUAUGAUACAGCAUUGUUUGAGUUGAUUCAACUAGUUCCACCAGUGGGUGAAACACUGUCUACAUAUGAUGAAAAUACACGAGAUUUCAUGUUCCCGGGUCCAAACCAAAUUUCUGGACACCAUGAUUCAAACCGCCAGGUUACCAUGAGGAGGAUUUCUGGCCUUCGAGGAAUUGCUCCAAAGCUGGAAUUUUCUACAACCUCAGUGAUUACUGAAUGUCUGAUAAGUUCAAGGAAGUGCCGCACUCAGGAUAAAUUUAUUUACCAUACGGCUCCAGUUGAAAAAUCACACGGCAGACUGCAAAGCAGAACAUCGAGAUCACAAAAGAAAAAAUCCAAGUCACCUGAGAGAAAUAAAUAUUGCAUAAAUGCAAAAAACUACGAACAGCCUACAAUUUCUUCAAAAUCACACUCUCCAUCUCCCUACACAAAAAGACGCAUGUGUGAGCUAUCUGAAGACACCAGGCGGCGGCUGGCCCAUUUAAAUCUGGGACCCUAUGAAUUCAAAAAAGAAACAGAUAAACCUCCAUUUGUGAUUAGACAUGUCGACCCCCCAAGUCCCAGGGCUGAUGCUUUAUUUGGAUCUUCUGGCAGAGACUGUGAAAGAGAUGGAUGGUCCAGGAUGCACAAUGAGCAUUCUCAUCUUGGCUGCUACCGACCCAAGGAUUAUAAGGUUAUCAGGACACCCCAUGGGAGAGACUUUGAUGACUCUUUGGAAAGAUGUGAUGAGUACUUAAGCUCAAGGUCAUGUAGCAAGCCCCAGCAUUCAGCAAGGACCUUACUAGUCCAUUCAGCACCUUCAACAAUGCCGAAGCAUUCUCCAAGCCCUGUGUUAAAUAGAGCUUCUCUCAGGGAAAGAUUCCAUUCUGAUUGGUGUUCACCUUCAAACUGCGAUGAGAUCCAUGACCGGGUAAAAAAUGUCUUGAAAUCACAUCAGGCUCAUCAAAGACAUUUAUAUGAUGAGAGAGACCCAGAGAAGGAAGACGAACUGGAACUGAAAAGAGGUCUUUUAUACAGAGACUCUGCCUACGACAGUGACCCAGAGUAUAGCUCAUUUCAGCGGCCACGUGGCACUCUCCAUUUGGAUGAUGGUGAAUACUGGUCCAACAGGGCAGCCUCUUAUAAAGGAAAAUCCCACCGACCCGUCUUUGAGAACAGCAUGGACAAGAUAUACAGGAACUUAUACAAAAAGGCCUGUAGUUCCGUUUCUCAUACACAGGAAAGCUUCUGAUACCAUCCAUGAUAAACUGUAUGGGUGUCUGUGUCAACUUCUCAAUGAAAACGUUUGAUGUGAUCAAUAUCUGUAUUCUUUUUUUUUUUUUUUAACAGGUGGUUCUGAGUACCGUAGUUAGAAGUGAAUAAGUUCAUUGCUUCAAAUGGUAAAUUAUUCUAGGCAGUCUUCUUUUUUUAAUCACAGGAGAGAGUGCUCUGUUCUCAAAGUCAGAGCUCUACAUCACAAUUACAACUUCCAAUCUGAUUAUGAGAAUGAUGUUCAGCCACACUUCUCAGGUCUCCUACAAAUCCAACAAUAGAUUCUCUCUAGAAAUGGUCUUCUGCUUUAACCACUUUGCGAUUUUCUUUUAAUCUGGUUAUUUUGUCUAAGAUUUAUAUUAACUCCCUUUUCUUGGUAAUGAGCAAAAAGAUAUACUGUACAGAAAUGAAUUUCCUAAGUUUAAACCCUGUUUUAGCUGGUAUUUUCUCAUUUCUCCCCCCUAAAAAAGACUAUUUGCACUUCUUAGCUAGUAAGAUCUAGUUUUCUUUUUAAAGUUUAUAUAUAGUCAUUCACUUCCUCUUCUCUAAAAGAACUAAGUUACCUACAAUUCAGUUAGCUAGAAAUAGCAGUGGCCAAUGUAUGACCCAAAAUGUAAAAAACUGAUUUUUAAAAAUAGAAUUCUUUAUGUGAUUUUCUUUUAAGGCCAUACCUUUUGGUGCAACCAGAAUCAGAAAAUAGCUUUUAUUAGUAAGCAUGUAGAGACUCCAAUUUUAAACUCUUUAGAGUUUUCAUAAGUACAGAAUGGCUCAGGAAAGUAGUAUCUUUACUUAAAAGACACUGGGAACCAUAAAGGAGAGUAAAAUAUUAAACAGAACAUAUUGUCCUGGGAAGUCUGGUAAUUGAUAAAAUUAGCUUUUCUCCACCCUCCAUACACACACCUGCGAGGCCAGUGAGUCUUUGAAGAUAUGAAGAAAUCGGUUACCUCAUAUUUACCAGAAUAAGUGGAGGGAAAGCAGAGAAUAGAAAAUCAGUAAACUUGGCUUACAAGGUUGAAGAGUUGACUACAAGGUACUGUUCUCUCAUUGACUCCACCUUUGGUUAACUGUAGUUAUGAUUUAAAAGGGGAAGAAAGUGGGACUCCAUUUAAGUUGAAAUUCACAUGUAAAAUUGAGUGACUUGUUUUUGUAUUAGGAGAAAAUAUAUAAUACCUGUUAUCUAAUAAUAGGAUUUUUAAACUUCAUGUUAAGAGUGUUCUAGUAUGGCCAUCUGUGAUGUGUUGGAAAGUGCAUCAAAGAAAGGGGCCAAGAGGCUUUGGCUUUAGUUCCAUCUGGCCGUUUUCCAGCUGACUCUCUUUAAUUCUCUGGGCCUUACUUUCCUCAGCUAUCAAAUGAAGAGAAUAAAGUGGAUCAGCAUUUCCCAAACCAUGUUCUGUGGACCUCUGUUCUGAGAGAUGGCUGUAGGAAUGUAGAUACAGGUAUUUCAUUAGUCAUAUAAGUUGAGGAAAAUCUAUGCACUAGACUCGCACUCCCUGACUUAGAGAGUCAUAGGUAGGAUGGCGGGAACCAAAGGUAGUGCUACUGAUACUGGAACAGCGGUUCCAAACUGGAGCUGUCCAAGCACACUACUGUUCUAGUCAUAGUAAACACUACCCUUUUGGAGGCACUAGAAAUCCUAGCAUAAACCUGUUUGGCUAUAGCAUCUGGUCUGGAGUCUGACACAUAGUUAGUUCUCAUUAAAUAGUUUUUGAAUUAGCCUGAGACUUCCUAAAGUAAGUGUGUAGCAGUACUUGUCAUUAUGGCGAUCCUCCCCCCUCCCACUCACCCCCUCAGCUACCCGCACUUCUUUCAGAUGUGCAGUCUGUCCUCAGGUCCCUGACACCAAGCAGGGAAAUGGUAUACACGCGAUCACUGAGUUACUCCCUAGCUAUAAGCUGUAGGAUGAUGUUUUGUACAAUGGGUAUUUAAAAGUCAACAUUGACUAAUGCUUUUGGGUUUUUUAACAAAAAAUAUCGUCAGUGAAACUUAGCAUGUUUUGGUUUUGUUUUUGUUUUACAUGUGGAAACAAAUGAAAAAUUGUUCCAUUUAAAAGAUCCUGCUUGGUAAAAUAACAAAUAAUGAACUUCAAAGAAAAUUUCACUGUCCUAGGAAAUCUCCUGAGUGAAUAAGUACAUCAAAAAUUAUCUAUUACACCUAUAACUUAUAUCUGCCAUUGGCUAUACAAAGGCCACAAAAAAAAAAAAA